UUCAAGGGGAAGGGGAGAGAAAUGUGAAAUCCCCCACUUUCCAGGUUUUUCUCUCUCAGAACCCCAUUUUUUCACAGAAAAAUAAAAAAUAAAAAAUAAAUAAAUCCCCCAAAUUGAAGGAAAAAAAAAAAAAAGAAAAAAAGAAAAAAAGAAAAAAUGGGUUUACGCUGCUUCACUGUCUUCGCCAUUUUCGUCUUGGCCAUUUUUCCUCAAGUUCAGGGACAACCAGCGAAUCGAUUACUCCACCUGAACUUCGGACACUCAUCCCCAUUUUCAACCGCCCUUGAAACCCUACAAAAGCAAAUUGGCUACACAUUCAAGAGCAUUGGUCUCCUUCGCCGAGCCAUGACCCACGCAUCCUUCUCUGAAGAAAACAACAGGGCACUGGCAAUUGUGGGUGCGAGUGUCAUUGAGACUUCGGCUUCUCUAAGGUAUCUUGGAAAAGACAUUGAUCUUCCUGCUAAAGAUUUGAACCUUCGCUUAUCAGAAAUCUCCAGCGUGGAAACUUCCUGUGCUGUUGAUGGGAGUCGUUUGGGUUUGCAGAAGAUUGUCAGAGUUUCUGCCAAGACUAAUUCUUCAACUCCUGCUCUUGUCUGUGGGGCUUUCAGAGCAAUAAUUGGAGCUAUUGCUAUUGAUGCAGGGAAUUCUGAUGAUGCUGGAAAGAUUUUCUGGGUUGUUCAUAGUGGUAGAUUUGGAGAAGCUCUUGCCUUCUAAGUGGUAAUCUACUACAUGUCUAGUAAUUUUACUCGGUAUGUUGCUUAUAACUUUUAGGAUUUGUGAUUGUGAUGGAUGUUAAUUUGGAUUUGUGUGGAAAAGCUAUGUUUCGUAGUGACAUCUGUUUGCUUUGUAAGAAAAUUUGUGGUGGAUUUUGAUGUUUCUUUAGUUAUGGAUUUGUAUGGUGUUAGGUGUCUGCGGGGGCUUAUAGCAUAUGGAAUUUGUAUGAUGUUAUUGCCAUGCAAAUAUGCAUGGAAAACUACUAGGAUGGUAACAGGAACCAUGAUAUAUAGAUAUCCAUUUCAAGGACCUUGCUUUUAUACAAGAUAAAUAAUGUAAUGCCAGGCAAUUUAUACUCA